AGGUGGACAUCUUUCUAUUGUUGGCGGGCAGCUGUCGUGCAUGGUAUCAUCGUGUGCGUAGAAGGAAGAGGAGCGAGGCACCUUCGAUCCCGUGGGUCGUGGGCGUCCCUCCGGUCCAACGCACGCCGUACCUGCCACAACAGGAAAGCUUGUCCACGACCUUCCUUCCCUCGAUCAUAUCGGGCGUAGGCAUAGGGCGGAACGGGACGCGAUAGCUAGACAAUGGCCGUCGUGGCCACGAUCCGCCAGCGGCGUUGCUUCGUCCUGGUGCUCGGAACGGCCAUUGUCGUCGCCUUCUCCGCCUUAUUCGGCACGACGUCCGGCGCCGCGCUAGUGGGUGACUCGUGCAGAGCGUCAUCGUCCACCUCGGACGGAGGCGGCUGCGGCAAGGGGCUUCGUUGCACCACCUGCGUGCCUCCACCGGGGACGGGUCCGGCCGCGUGCGCGCGGACCACGCCCGUGGACCCAAAGACACACGGCACGGGUCUCCCCUUCAACAGGUACUCAUGGCUGACGACGCACAACUCGUUUGCGGUGGUAGGCACCAAGUCGCCGCUGGGGUCUGCCAUCAUCUCUCCGCCCAACCAGGAGGACUCGGUGACCGACCAGCUGAAGAACGGCGUGCGGGGCCUGAUGCUGGAUGCCUACGACUUCAACGACGCUGUGUGGUUCUGCCACUCCUUCCAUGGUCGUUGCCUGACCUUCACAGCCUACGUGCCGGCGCUGAGCGUGCUUACGGAGGUCCGGGUGUUCCUGGACGCCAACCCGUCCGAGGUGGUCACCGUCUUCCUCGAGGACUACGCGGCGCCAGGGUCACUCAGCAACACCUUCAAUGCCGCCGGACUGUCCAAGUACUGGUUCCCCGAGGCUCAAAUGCCUAGCCCUAGUAAGGGCGGCGGUGACUGGCCGCUGCUCAGGGACAUGAUCGCCGAUAACCACCGGCUCAUCGUGUUCACAUCCAAGAAAGGGAAGCAGGGGACGGAGGGGCUCGCGUACCAGUGGGACUACGUCGUGGAAACCCAAUACGGGAGCGAGGGCAUGGCGGAUGGCAGUUGCCCAAAGCGGACCGAGUCGAAGCCCAUGGACUCUAAGGCCCAGUCACUAGUGCUGCUGAACUUCUUCACCAGCAACCCGAGCCAAAGCUGGGCCUGCAGCAACAACUCCGCGCCGCUCAUCAGCAGGCUUAACGCCUGCUACCACGCCUCCGCCAAACGAUGGCCAAACUACAUCGCCGUCGAUUUCUACAUGAGGAGCAACGGCGGCGGAGCUCCCCUGGCCACCGACAUCGCCAAUGGCCGCCUCCAGUGUGGCCACGACAACAUCGCACACUGCAAGAUUUCUUCUGCAUCGGCACCGGCACCCGCUUCGGCUUCUUCACCGGCACCCGCUUCAGCCUCUUCACCGUCUCCUGCCCCGGCACCGGAUUUUGCCGCCACUUCUCCCGCCAUCUCAUCGUCUCCUGGGCCGGCGCCUGGGCCUCUUAAUAGCUACUACUAGUAGUUAAAAGGCGGACGCGACAAAUAUAUGCUGGCUUUGAAAAUAAAAUCAAAUAGUUGAUCUUUGACACAAGAUCGACAAGAGCACAAGAAACUCAAUGACACUCUUCUCCAAUGUCUCUCUCAAGGCACUAUUCUCUAGUUGAUCAUUUUCUUAAUUGUGGCACUUGAAGGAUCUCUGUUGCUUUAAGUGUGACUUAGAAUGGAAGCUAUUGCUCUUGCAACGAAUAUGAGUACUUGUGUUGCUUGAAUCACUUGGAUGUCAUUGAAUGGAAGUUCUUGCUCUUGCAACGAAUAUGAGUGCUUGUGUUGCUUGAAUCACUUGGAUGUCAUUGAAUGGAGGUGGUUGGAGUGGUAUUUAUAACCACCACCUAGUUGUUA